GUGGGAUUUUGCCCCGUGGGCUUGAAACAGGGGCAGUAUGACGUGUCCAUCUUUGACCUGGGCGGGGGGGAGCACAUGCGUGGCAUGUGGAAGCACUACUUCGCAGAGUGUCACGGCGUGAUGUUUGUGGUGGACUCCAGCGACGGCCAGCGCAUGAAGGAAACCGAGGACACGCUGGCCAAGGUUCUGAGCCACCCCCUCAUCAAGGGGAAGCCGCUUCUCCUGUGCCGUAUUCUGCUGUGAUGACCGUUGGCAAGAAGGCCAUUGAGGAUGGACUGGAGUGGCUCCUGGAGUCUGUGGGCACAGCCUAUGACAACAUCAAUGGGCGCGUGCAGAAGGACACGGCCAAGCAGAGGGUGCAGGAGGAGAAGUUCAGGAGAGAGCGGGCAGAGAGGGUGCGCAAGGUUCGAGAGGAGAGGGAAAGGAGACAGCAGGAGGAGGCUGAGCGGGAAGAGGCUAAGACUGCAGAGCUGGAUCAGGGGGAGAAGGGCACCAUGGGAAACCCUGUCCAGCCAUUUGGAGACUUCAUCCCAGAGAUGAAGACAAUGAAGAAGACAGAGAGCAAGAAGGACAGUGACCAAGGUAAGUGUCCCUCCCCCUCAGCCUCUCCAAUGUUACACAUAAUUGUCAAAUAAGGUACACACAUUUUUCUUUAGCCCAAUUGUAACUGUAGAAGUAUGCAGAUGCUUACUUUUUUAGAAUGAGAGGAAAUAUAGGGACUGGUUUAUAGGAAACGCACAUUUUACAGAAAAGCAGUAAUGAUCCUAUAUGUAACCCCCUACCGGCUCCAGCAGACCACAGCCCAAAGAGGAAGAGGAAGCUGACCUUCUGGAGGAAGAAUAAUAGAGUGGCACCUCUGACUCCAGAUGGCCCCGCCAAAACACGCGGCUGCCUCAAGAGCUGGUUUGGCUGGCUCAAGCACAAUGUGGUGACGCCACAGUGACAGGGCUCCUCCCCCACCCCCCCCCCCCCCCACCCCCCCCCCCCCCCGGCGUAAGGUGACCCUGUGCGAGCUCCUCCAAUCCCAGCCGCCAAACCCUCCCACCUUACCCCCCCAAGAGCUCUGCCAUAGAGAAGCAAAACAGCCAUUACCAUGUUUCCACACAACUAUACUGUUUAUGUAAUCUUUUUUUGCUUUGAGAAUUUGACCAUCCAAUUUGAAGUGUUUAUAAGUGUUUAAGAGUUUUUAAUUUAUGCUACUACUAACCCUACUAACACUACUACCACUACUGCUACUACUACUGCCACUGCUGCUACUACUGCUACUCCUACUACUGCUACUACUACUACUGCUGCUACCACUGCUACUCCUACUACUGCUGCUACUCCUACUACUGCUACUACUACUACUGCUGCUACCACUGCUACUCCUACUACUGCUGCUACUCCUACUACUGCUACUACUACCACUGCUGCUACUACUGCUACUCCUACUACUGCUGCUACUACUGCUACUACUAUUACUUCAGCUACUGCUACUACUGCUACUGCUACUACUGCUGCUACUACUGCUACUCCUACUACUGCUACUACUAUUACUACAGCUGCUGCUACUACUCCUACUGCUACUAAUACAACUAAUACUACUGUAGUAGUAGCAGCAGUGGCAGUAGUAGUAGCAGUAGUGGUAGUAGUGUUAGUAGGGUUAGUAGUAGCAUAAAUUAAAAACUCUUAAACACUUAUAAACACUUCAAAUUGGAUGGUCAAAUUCUCAAAGCAAAAAAAGAUUACAUAAAGAUUACUACUGCUACAACUACUGCUAAUAAUAAUAAUACAAAUUGCUAAAUUAUACAAUAUGGUAAAUGUCUGUGAAUGUGCUCUUUUAUUUAAUAAAGUUCCUUUCAAUG